ACUCGGAUGCUAACGGGACCGAUAGCACUGCAUACUUGUGCAUAGUUACUAAGCGUCGAGUGUUUUAGUAGGUGUCUCAGAAACGUAGCCACUAAUCCUAGUCAAGGACUACGAAAUGGACACGAAUCCUUUGUUGGAUUUGAAACUACACGGAAGUUGUUAAUCUUCGAUCCCACUAUUUCGAGCACAUUUUGUUACCCCUCUUCAUGGUGUUGACUAGCUGGGCGGUGCUAGUUCACUGGCAAGACGUAAGUCCUCCAAGUGUACAAUAGUCAUGUACUUGUCACCGUCUAAACGCAAUUUUUAUGGGAACAAUGCCCCGCCUGUCUACGGACGCACGCCUCGACAGACACCCUCCAGAGAUGUUUACACUCAUGGAAAAGACUCCGCCAAACCGAAAGUCAUUUGCCAUGACGGGAAAAGACACCCUUCGGUGAUGCCCGACCGUUUUCUUGGGACACACGUAUUCAAUUCCACGAGUCGCGAAAAUACAAGUCCAGACAUCAGCUUUGGGCUUAGUCACAUAUCCGAAAACGGCAUGGGUUUGAGUGGUGAUGCAUCUGUUCAUCCAUCAAUCUCUGCUCUGAGAACAGCUGGCAAUAGGCAGUGGGAAUCCCCCGUGAAGAUAUUCGCUAGGAUGAAAGCCAAAGUGUCAAAUACCCCUACGAAGAACUUCGCUGUACGCGAAGAGCUGCCACCAUCACAUGGAUUCGUGCAGUCACAUAGGGAUUUGGAAAAUAUGGAUAUCGAGCAGUACCCAUCGUCUUCGGAUGGCAGGGAAGGGAUAACACUUACGUUAUCUCCACCAAAUUCCCCCGAAUCACCCCUGUCAUCUGAGAGAAACAACGCAGAGCUAAACGAGGAGCCCCACGGAAUUCAGUGUGAAAUCAACAACAUCGAUCCAGCCCUCCCCCCUUCCCAGAUUCUUCAAAACAAUCCGUGCGUUAUGCUGGAGAGGCUGCCGGUCGCCCAAUCUCCUGCUAAAAUAUUUGCCACGCUGAAAAAAACACCUGACCCCCGACCCCUGAAAUCCUGCCCUGUAAAGCAAAUUCAGAACAGCAGAGGAAAUGGCAUGGCACUGGAACCACCCAUGCGUAUGUCUGUGAAUCAGACUUAUAACAUCCCAAACGAAGACGACAGGGUCUGCAGUGACAGCUCCAUGUUAGACAGCCAAUCAGAAGGCAACAGCCCUGCUGUAAUGUCGAAGAAACCAGCCAAUGGAAAGCCUUCUUUUGUGCCCACACGAAUCUACAAACCAACAGAGCCCGAGUGUAUGGAUGGCGACAUACUGUGUUCUCCGCGCCUUGCCAUUCCACAGAGAAGGAGGACAGACGACUCUGACCCCCACGAGGAUUCAGAGUACCUCGACCCAAAAACGAUCGAUGGAAUUCAGCUAAGGGACUGGUACUUGAAGCUGAGUGAUGAUGAUAAACUCUUCAUUGAUGGAAGACGAGAUGACCUCAAAAUACCAUGGCACAGCAGCGUCAUAGUUGAACGCAUUGCCAACAAUGUCUUGAAAACUGCCUCAGGGAAACUGUAUGUACUGAUUGGGAAAAUGUGCACAAGAUCCACAUGUGGGUUACCCUUAGCGUUUCGAAAGAAGUUUCUCUAUGGCUUUCCAAAGACGUGGCAAACACACCUUCAGGCAUAUGUAAAAGAACAUAAUAGCCAGCGAAAGAAGAUAAAACCUGAAAAGGCCUUUGUGCCAACAAAGAGGAAGCCUAUUCCAGAGCCCAAGUUAGAGAAGUGGACCCCGCUGUUAUCAACUGUCACUCCGCCUGCUAGUGUGCCGGGCAGCAGCCAGAAGGUGUCCCGCAGCGGCCGGAUCCUCAAGUCCCCCAUGGAGUACUGGAAAGGGGCCCGCGUCUCCGUGGACAUGGACCUGAACGUCACUAUUUACCACGACUAUUCUAUGGCGGAGGGGGACCCAGCAAGUACAGCUGGAAAGGGGCAGAGUCAAAAGCAGAACAUGAAAAAAGCCAGGGUAACCCAAAAAGACCAUUGCCCAAGUCCAUCCAGCCAGGAGGAGGGGAUGAUGCACCUGGUCAGGAAGGCAAGGCCCUAUCAGCGCCCCGGAAGGAUCCCCUUUAGGGACAACAAGGCCCUUUCUGAAACCAGAGACGAGUCCCCCUUUGCCAUACCGCACCUCCCCAGCCGGAGUGUGCCCACCGCACCCCGUAACCGAUCCAGUCAGAGAUCUGGCAGCACCUCCUCACCCAUGGAAGCUCACAGUAGAGACGCAGCAAAGGACAAAACAUCCAGAUUAAAGAGUGGCCGUAGCAAACGUUCCAACAGCCGGAGCAGCUCAGAGGACCGUUUACAACAAACGGGGCGAAAAAGAUCGUCACCUCGACUGUCAUCUGAUCAUGAUAAGAAGCGUACAAAGACUGUUGCCAAUGUGCCCGUCUCUCGGUCGACUUCGGAAACAGAGGAGGAAGUGAUGGGGCCACCAAAGACGAGCAGACGGAGGGUUCAGAAGAACAAGGCUCUUCUCAAUGACGUCUUCAGUGACCGUGAGUUUCUGUCGGUUUCGGAAACAGAUCAAGAAGUGACGGGGUCAUCAAAGACUAAGAAAAGAGGGAGACCUAGAAAGAAGACCCCCACUGAUGCUCUAGAUGUCUACAGUGGUCGUGAGUUUCUGUCGGUUUCGGAAACAGAUCAAGAAGUGACGGGGUCAUCAAAGACUAAGAAUAGAGGGAGGCCUAGAAAGAAGACCCCCACUGAUGCUCUAGAUGUCUACAGUGGUCGUGAGUUCCUGUCGCCUUCCGAAACGGAGCAAGAAGUGAUGGGGUCAUCAAACGCUACAACAAAACAUAGGGCUCGAAAGAAGGCCAUCCGUCAGUCUCUGUCGUCUUCGGACUCGGAACAGGAGGCGAAGGCUCCGCCAAAGACAACAAAAAAACGGAGCGCUCAGAAGAAGACGCCUCGUCUGGAUGAUGGCACGGCUGAAUUCCUGAGGCCCUUGGCAAAAGAAGAGCAGGCGGGGUCGAGAAGGAAUUCCAGAGAGAAGAAGGGAGCCAAGAAAGAGGCACGAGAAGAGCCUCACGGUGACGACGAGUGGACAGCAGAAGAACUGCGAAAGCUUGACGAGGCUGUGAGUUCUCUGCCCACAUAUGUGCCCACGUUCUGGGCGAAUGUGGCCUUAAAGGUGGGCUCCCGCUCUGCAGAGGAGUGCCAGGAGCAGCAUGCCUUUAAGCAGCAAGCUGGCCAGAGAAGCCGCAAGCGGACCAAGACCAAGAAGAAUGAGCCGAUGGAGGAAGCGGUUAAAGAGGCUCCUGUGAUCACUGCCAAAGCCGGCACCCUGAAGAGAAGGCAGCAGAUCCGCAACGUCUUGGACCAGCUGCCCAAAGACGGAUACGACGAUGCCUUCGCCAGCUCUCCCAUGCAAAAGAGACUCAACAUGGCAUCAACAAAAAUGUUGUCCAUGGCCGAUGAUGAAGACCACCCUCUGAGUCUGCCCAUGACCCCCAAGACUCCUCAAUCGUUCAUGCUUGCGGGUGUCAAGACACCAAAGUGCCUGCACAUCAGCCCUGGCAUGAUCCCUUCUUUGAACAGGGCCAAUGAUGACAAAUAUGCGUUCCGCUGUCAAAAUGACUUAAAAAGACGUGGAGGCAAGGGUUCUGCUAAGCCAAAAAACAAGGAAAACUACAUUCCCACACCUGUGAAAGCAACACAGAAGACACGUGUUGCGGAAGACGAGUCCUUUGUCGUUUGGGAAAUGUUCGAUAAGGCAGCCUCCCCACAAGACGAAAGUGAUCAAGAUUAUUAUUUUACUGAUGAUGAUUGAAUGUAAAAGAAAUCCUAGAUUUCAGUUUUUAAGUUUCCUAUGUAUAUAGUCUGCGGACACUAAAUUAAAAAAAAAACUUCCAAUUCAUGUUGGUUAAUAAAGUUUUCAAAACAUACAGACCCAA